GGCCCAGCCCCAGCAGCAGGGCUAGACGAGUGGAAGCUGCUGAGGGUCAGAAACACCGAGGCGCGCGCGCGGUGCGAGCCCGUGGCAGAACCAUGGCAGGCGGGGAAGACCGCGGGGACGGGGAGCCAGUAUCAGUGGUGACCGUGAGGGUGCAGUACCUGGAAGACACCGACCCCUUUGCAUGUGCCAACUUCCCGGAGCCACGACGGGCCCCUACCUGCAGCCUGGACGGGGCCUUGCCCCUGGGUGCUCAAAUACCUGCGCUGCACCGGCUGCUAGGGGCGCCACUCAAGCUGGAGGAUUGUGCCCUGCAAGUGUCUCCCUCUGGGUACUACCUGGACUCCGAACUGUCCCUGGAAGAGCAGCGGGAGAUGCUGGAGGGCUUCUAUGAAGAGAUCAGCAAAGGGCGGAAGCCCACUUUGAUUCUGCGAACCCAGCUCUCAGUGAGAGUCAACGCUAUCUUGGAAAAACUAUAUGGGUCCAGUGGCCCUGAGCUCCGCCGUUCCCUCUUCUCACUGAAGCAGAUCUUCCAGGAAGACAAGGACCUGGUGCCUGAAUUUGUGCACUCAGAGGGACUGAGUUGCCUGAUUCGUGUGGGUGCUGCUGCCGACCACAACUACCAGAGCUACAUCCUUCGAGCACUGGGCCAGCUGAUGCUUUUUGUGGACGGGAUGCUGGGGGUGGUAGCCCACAGUGAGACAGUGCAAUGGCUGUAUACACUGUGUGCCAGCCUGUCUCGCUUGGUGGUGAAGACGGCCCUGAAGCUGCUGCUGGUGUUUGUGGAAUACUCUGAAAACAACGCACCGCUUUUCAUCCAGGCAGUCAACUCUGUGGCCAGCGCCACCGGUGCUCUUCCCUGGGCUAAUCUGGUGACUAUCCUGGAAGAGAAGAAUGGUGCCGAUCCUGAGCUGUUGGUGUAUACUGUCACCCUCAUCAAUAAGACACUGGCUGCGCUCCCAGAUCAGGACUCCUUCUACGACGUGACAGAUGCACUGGAGCAGCAGGGCAUGGAGGCACUGGUACAGCGCCACUUGGGCACUGCGGGCACUGAUGUCGACCUGCGCACUCAGCUUAUGCUCUAUGAGAGCGCCCUACGAUUGGAAGAUGGAGACUUGGAGGAAGCAGCAGCCACUGCAGCUGCAGGUGGUCGGCGGGAGCGGCGAAAGCCCUCUUCAGAGGAGGGCAAGAGGAGCCGCCGAUCUCUGGAAGGGGGAGGCUGUCCUGUGCGCUCCCCAGAACCUGGCUCCACAGGCUCCGCCUCGCCGAUAGGCUCCACCUCUACCACCAGUCCUGCCCAGCUGAUAAGCCCUGCCUCCAGCCCUGUGGGCCUUGCCUCUGGGCUUGGUACCUUGGUGAACCUUUUUCCUGCCAUUUCUGUGGCGCCCUCAGCCGGCAACUCCUGUGAGAGGAGCAUCUACAAAGCCCGGUUCCUGGAAGGUGUGGCAGCAGCAGAAACAGAGAAGCAGGCUGCAUUGGCCCAGGGCCGGGCAGAAACACUGGCUGGGGCCACACCAGAUGAGGCUGAUGGACCCCCAGGCAUCCGGGAACUAUGGGACUCCUCAGAGCCAACCCCUGUACCCAGACCCCCCCAGAGCCCUGUCCCUCGAGUCCUGCUCCAGGCCCAGCGGAGCCUUGAGGUGGAGCCUAAGGAACCACUGGUGCCAUCAAGCCCCAAGGCUGAGCCCAUCCAGGAGCUCCCAACCCGUACACCAAAGCUCUGCAUUGGGGACCUGGACUUCUCAGAUCUGGGGGAGGAUGAAGACCAGGACAUAUUAAAUGUAGAAUCUGUGGAGGCCGGGAAAGGGGCUCCACCCCCACCUCCCCCACUUCCCCUGCACUCUGGAGGCUCCCCACCUCCUCCCCCUCCACUUCCCCUGCACUCUGGAGGCCCCCCACAUCCUCCUCCCCCACCUCCAUCCUCCUGCCCACCACUUCCCCGCUCAGCACCCGAUGGCCCAGCCCUCCCCACCAAGAGGAAGACUGUAAAACUCUUCUGGCGGGAGCUAAAGCUGGCUGGGGAUCACGGGAAGUCUGGAAGCCGCUUUGGGCCCUGCACCACCCUGUGGGCCUCCCUGGAGCCUGUCACAGUGGACACAGCCCGGUUGGAACACUUGUUUGAAUCCCGAGCCAAGGAUGUACUUCCUUCCAAGAAAGCUGGUGAGGGCCGCCGGACAAUGACCACAGUGCUGGACCCCAAGCGCAGCAACGCUAUCAACAUUGGCCUAACUACUUUGCCACCUGUGCAUGUCAUUAAGGCUGCCCUGCUCAAUUUUGAUGAGUUUGCUGUCAGCAAGGAUGGCAUUGAGAAGCUACUGACCAUGAUGCCCACGGAGGAGGAGAGGCAGAAGAUUGAAGAGGCCCAGCUGGCCAACCCUGAUAUACCCCUGGGCCCAGCUGAGAAUUUCCUAAUGACUCUUGCCUCUAUUGGGGGCCUGGCUGCCCGCCUACAACUUUGGGCCUUCAAGCUGGACUAUGACAGCAUGGAACGGGAAAUCGCAGAGCCAUUAUUUGACCUGAAAAUGGGAAUGGAACAGCUGGUGCAGAAUGCCACUUUCCACUGCAUCCUGGCUACCCUGCUGGCUGUGGGCAACUUCCUCAAUGGUUCCCAGAGCAGUGGUUUUGAGCUGAGCUACCUGGAGAAGGUGUCUGAGGUGAAGGACACGGUGCGCCGGCAGUCGCUGCUGUACCAUCUCUGCUCCCUGGUGCUCCAGACCCUACCUGAUUCCUCCGAUCUCUACUCAGAAAUCCCUGCCCUGACCCGCUGUGCCAAGGUGGACUUUGAGCAACUGACUGAGAACCUGGGACAGCUGGAGCGCCGGAGCUGGGCAGCUGAGGAAAACCUGAGGAGCUUGGCUAAACAUGAACUGGCUCCAGCCCUGCGUGCUCGUCUCACCCACUUUUUGGCCCACUGUGCCCGCCGUGUUGCCACACUGAGGGUAGUGCACCGCCGUGUUUACAACAGGUUUCAUGCCUUCCUGCUCUACCUGGGCUACACUGCACAAGCAGCCCGUGAAGUGCGCAUCAUGCAAUUCUGCCACACGCUGCGGGAAUUUGCCCUGGAAUAUAGGACUUGCCGUGAACGAGUACUGCAGCAGCAGCAGAAGCGAGCCACUUACCGUGAGCGCAACAAGACCCGAGGACGCAUGAUCACUGAGACAGAGAAGUUCUCAGGUGUGGCAGGGGAAACCCCCAGCAAUCCACCUGUCCCAGUGGCUGUGGGGAGUGGACCAGGACAGGGUGAUGCUGACAGUCAUGCCAGUAUGAAAAGUCUGUUGACCAGCAGGCCGGAGGACACCACACAUAGCCGUCGCAGCAGAGGUAUGGUCCAGAGCAGCUCCCCAGUCAUGCCGCCAGCAGUGGGACCUUCCACUGCACCCUCUGAAGAAUCCCCAGGCUCCAGUUUACCCAGUGACACAUCAGAUGAAAUCAUGGACUUGCUAGUGCAAUCAGUGACCAAGAGCAAUCCCCGAGCAGCUACAGCUCGAGAAAGGAAGCGUUCCCGUGGCAACCGUAAAUCUUUGAGACGAACACUGAAGAGUGGACUUGGAGAUGACCUGGUACAGGCGCUGGGUCUGAGCAAGACUCCUGGCCUGGAAGUGUGAAGGUGCUGCCUCAGGAAAUUUAGCUGGAUCCCAGCCUGCAGCAUAAGAGACUACAGAGCAAGGAGAACCCAAAGCAAAAUUCUGGUCCCAGAACCCAGUGUCCAGGGACUGACCAGUACCUUAAGCAGUAUUAGGUGUGUGUGUGUGUGUACGCGCGUGCAUGCAUGGGCUCAUGUGUGACCUCCCUACUUGCCGCAAAAUAAAGUUUUCGUAGCUAA